AUGGAAGGGCACCUACCGCACGCGCCCGACCGGCCCACUUCCCCGCCGCUCACCGCCAACGAAAGCGAAAGUGAUCCACCGACGGCACCGUCGGCGCCGGGUGGCGGUGGUUCCCGAUCGCCGUCGCCGUUGGCCGGGCACAAGCAGCCCAAGAAAGUGUCCUUUUCCGACGAAUUGCCCCAGGGCAGCGGGGAGAAAGGUGCCCCCGCGGUGGCCGAAAGUGAAAGUGCUCGCUCGCAGGAGGAGAAUCCGUUCGUGUUCGUGCUGCGCCAGAACAACAGCUAUCUGGAGAAUAUGCACAGUUCUGCGCAGUCGCCGACGACCGACGGUGGGACCGUUUUUCCCAACACGCGCCGCAGCUCGCUGCACUCGAACGAAAGUGAAACCAACUCGUCCAGCAGCGGCGCGAGCACGGCGACGGCGAGCAGCAACGCCGCGAAGCCGGCGGACGUAGUGAAGAGUGAACCGAAACCGUUCGAUCCGAUCGCGGCCGGGCUGGUCAAUGGGUUGGGUGAGAGCGGACAACCGCCCACCAACGGGACGCCCUCAGGAGAACCACGGAAACCGUCCGUUAGCGCCAUGGAGCUGGAGGUGCGCCGAGAUAAACGGCGCUGGCUGAUGAUCUCCGAGCUGAGCGCAAUCCUCGGCGAAGACAAGCAUUCGAUCGAUGGCUUCAAGCGCAUCUUCAGAGAGCAGACAUUUCUGCAGACGCUAUUCCGGCUGUUUGACAUGGACAACGAGAACUUCCUGGUGCAGGACAAAUGGAUCGAACACCUCAAAGGCCGCCUCACCGAUGAGAAGCAAAUUGAUUUCGCCGAGCAGCUCGAAUCGGUCGCGUACGUACUUUGCGGCGACGGAACGGUAACCUACGACAAGUUCUCCCAAAUAUGGCAUGCCAAAGGGAUUCUAGAUAAGCUCUAUCGAUUAAUCGACAUCGACUCGACCAACCAGAUUUCGACCAAUCAAAUCAUGGAGUUCAUCUCAAACCUCACCAACUCACGCCCACGGACCGGCUUCGACAAAUCGUCCCUCGAGCGGCUGGAGCAACUGUUCAUCAAGACGGUCGGCAACGAGAAGGAGAUUCGCCGAGAGGAGUUUAAGAAAAUUGUUACCUCCAAAAACCCAUUUUUCACCGAACGAGUGUUUCAAAUCUUCGACAAGGACAACUCGGGCUCCAUUUCCCUGCAGGAAUUCAUCGAUGCCAUUCAUCAGUUCGCCGGUCAAUCGCCAGAGGACAAAAUUAAAUUCCUCUUCAAAGUGUAUGAUUUGGACGGCGACGGACUGAUUCAACACCGCGAGCUGCAGCACGUGAUGCGGGCGUGCAUGGAGGAGAACGGAAUGCGCUUCUCGGAGGAUCAGAUCGAGGACCUCACUAUGGCGAUGUUUGAGGAUGCAGACAAGUUUAAUCGCGGUGCCAUCACGUACGAGGCGUUGAAGAGUCAACUCGAGAAGCACGGUGGCCUGCUGGAGAACUUAAGUAUCAGCAUUGACCGAUGGCUGGUUCCGCUGCCACAGGAGGACGCGAAGAAAAAGCGAAAGAAAAAGCCACUGCCACACCAGCUGACGGCGCCGUACAUUAAGAACAACUACGUGUAUCUAUCCUUCCUGACAAUCUUCACGAUCAUCAACGUCGGGUUGUUUGUGUCGCGUGCCAUCCAGUAUCGCCAGAGCAACGGGUUCGUCAUACUGGCACGUGCUUGUGGACAGUGCUUAAAUUUUAAUUGUGCCUUCAUCCUGGUGCUCAUGUUGCGCCAGUGCAUAACCUUUCUCCGAACGCGUGGCUUUACCGCCUUUCUGCCCCUCGACCAGCACAUCUAUCUGCACAAGCUGACCGGCGUGCUGGUGGCCUGCUUCAGCCUCGUCCACACCAUCAUGCACCUGUUCAACUUCACCACGAUCGUCGUGAACGAUCCGGUGCUCAAUGCCAACAACUACACUACGGCCGAGUGGCUGUUCACGGCAAGGCCCGGUCUGUUCGGCCUGAUCGGUGGUUGCGCCAAUCCGACCGGUGUCGUCCUGGUGGUGAUCCUGCUGAUCAUGUUCGUCUGCUCGCAGCCGUUCGUGCGACGCGGUGGUAGCUUCGAAGUUUUCUACUGGACGCAUCUCCUGUACGUGCCGUUCUGGAUACUGGUUCUGUUUCAUGGCCCAAACUUUUGGAAGUGGUUCAUCGUGCCGGGGUUGAUUUAUCUGGUUGAACGUACGAUAAGAUUAGUCUGGAUGCGCACCGAGCACGGCAAGACGUACAUCUCGUCCGGAUUAUUGCUCCCUUCCAAGGUAACUCACCUGGUUAUCAAGCGUCCACUACACUUUUGCUUCCGGCCUGGCGAUUAUGUGUUCGUCAACAUUCCGGCGAUCGCGCAGUACGAGUGGCACCCGUUCACGCUGAGCAGCGCACCGGAACAGGAGGACUACAUCUGGCUGCACAUACGCGGCGUUGGCGAAUGGACGAACCGACUGCACAAUUUCUUCGAGCGCGAACAAGAGCGGCUUCACAACGGCGAAAUUCCGGCCAUCGUUGCCGGCACAUCCGGAGGUGGUUCGCAACCAAUGGCUGCCAUCACUUCGGGCGCCUCGGUUGAGUUGACCCAGGAGAAGAUGAAGCCAUUGACAACCGGUGGAACGAUACCGGCUCACGGUGCGAUCCACAAGAGUUCCAGCUUCGAGUCGGCACUGAACAAGCCGAAAACCGUCAUUGCCGCUGGCAACACCCGAAACGAUCCAACAUCGCCGGCCGGCAUCAUGAAGGCACGGCAUCCACCGGGCACCUCGAAGCUGGCCAUGGAAGGGUACAGUGCACCAGGUCCGGCAGCUACGGCGCAACCCAAGAUCGACCGGCAGAUGUCGGAAAAUCGUGCCUUCAAGAAGAUACAGGCAACGCUCCAGCGAACUUUCUCACGACGCGAUCAACUCAUACCGAAGUCCGCGGUGGGACCCGGUGUAGGAGGCAUUUCGAACGAAGGAUUCACCGGAGAUGGGGUGGAUGGAGUGGACGGUGGCCAUGGGUCCGAACUGAAGGAUGCGAAGCGUAAGGUAACACCCGAACAGAGCCUUCACAAGCUGAUCUUUCAGCAGAAGGUUCCACUGGAAAAGUCACUAUCCAUGCCGGAUAUGCAGAACAAGUUUAAAAAGCGUGAACGGAUGAUGGUUCUUCGCGAAUAUAUGCGCUCUGAAUCCGAGCGAUCGUUCGAUGAAGUGCAGAUCCGCAAGGCACGCCUACAGUCACUCGGGUUGGCAUACCUGAGCCCGCAGAACAAAUCGCUCGCCCAGAGCUUCCGCUACAUGCGCAAUAAGCCCACAAUCAUCGCGUUCAAGACACCAAGCCUCGAGAACUGUGAACCGCGAGACUCUACCAACUCGAUCGUCGUAUCGCCCGGGGUCUUCACACAGAAGGACGCCGAAGAGGGUCGCACCGUCGGGGUACCAACGGGCACCAGCAGUUCCAUUGUGGCAAUAGGAACAGUCACACCUUCGGCAUCAAUCUCAUCGCCUUCGGGUGAUGGUUCGCGACCCGUGAACUAUCCCGUCGGGAAGCCACUGGAGAUCUACAUUGACGGACCUUAUGGGGCACCCUCGAGUCACAUCUUCCAAGCACAGCACGCGGUCCUCAUUGCGACCGGUAUCGGUGUAACGCCGUUCGCCUCGAUCCUGCAGUCCAUCAUGCACCGGUACUGGAAGGCCCGACACUGUUGCCCACGUUGUUCGUUCGAGUGGUCCAGCGAAAUCCCACCGACGAUUAUGAACCUACGCAAGGUGGAUUUCUUCUGGAUCAACCGAGAUCAGCGCUCUUUCGAGUGGUUCGUAAAUCUGCUGUCGCAGCUUGAGAUCGAACAGGCAGAACUGGGCGGCGCCAUGGAACGCUUCCUCGAAAUGCACAUGUACAUCACCAGUGCGCUGCAGAAAACGGACAUGAAAGCAGUCGGGCUGCAGCUGGCACUCGAUCUGCUGCAUGAGAAGGAAAAGCGCGAUCUUAUCACGGGACUCAAAACGCGCACUAACGCCGGACGCCCGAACUGGGAUAAAGUAUUCAAGCAGAUACAGGAUCAGAAAAAGGGCAAGGUGACGGUGUUCUAUUGUGGACCGCCGCAGCUCGCCAAAACCCUCCGGUACAAGUGCGAUCAGUUUGGGUUUCAGUUCCGCAAGGAGGUGUUCUAG